AAGGAGCGGCGUUGUGGUUGCUAGGCGGAAGUUAGGGGAGGCGGAUUCGGUUGUUCGGGGAGCUACGGUGCUGGUGCGUGGGGGUAAGCUCCGCUUCUCGGGGCACCCACGUGUGCAGCGUCCAAGCGGGCUGAGAAGGAUGGAAGGUCGCGAGGGCGACGAGCAUCGCAGGAAGCGCUGGGUUAAGGUGUUCAAGGAAUGUGAUGAAGGCAGCAAAGGAUACUUAAACAGAGAGGACUACAAGGUUGCUGUAGUGAUGCUGUUUGGCUAUAAACCCUCAAAGGUUGAAGUGGAUUCAGUCAUGGCUUCUGUGAUGCAAAAUCAGUCUGCUGUGUCACUUGAAGAGUUUCUGAAUCUUAUGAGUUCAAAGAAGGCUGCGCAUUUGUAUCAUAGCGAAGUCAGGCAGCUGUUCACUGCUUUUGACAGGCAAUGUAAAGGAUUUUUAUCUUUGGAAGAUUUCAAAAAAGCCUUCGGUGUCGUUGCACCAAAGUUACCAGAGAGGAUCAUAUUUGAAGCUUUCAGGUAUUAGCACAAACUGAAUAUCUUGUUCAGUCUACAAUCCAGAGGGGAAUAAAUCCAGAAUUUAUGGGCUGUCUCUGCUUGUAAAAUUAAACAUAUUCUUAGGGAGGUACUGUAGUUACAUAUUCUCAGUUGUUAAUUUAGUUAAUUUUGAUGUGAGGUUUCUAAACCUGUUGCCAUACUUGCAUUUUGUGCUUCUAUGGUUUUCUUACCUCUUUUCUAUGUCUGUUCGUAUUCUUUCAGGCUCAGGGGAUUGUUGACCCAUUUUCUACAGAAAAGGGGAAUGACUCAAUAGAUAAUUUUAUAAUUGAUAGUUUGUUGAUUCAUCUAAUAAGUACUUUCCUUCAGCUCCUUUCUUGCUCACUCUGCAGCAUAUUAUUCCCUUUUCCAUAAUCUUGUUUGUGUGUCAGUCAUUGCAAAAACAACAUAACUAUAGAAACUGCAUCUUGCUAUGCUGAAAUAGACUGUUAAUUCCAAGUAUAAAUCAAUAUGUAUAAUAAUCUUUCAGUGAAAUGUACACAUACAUGUUUUGAGUGGUGACAGUGGCAAUGCUGAUAAUGUUUUCACAGGACAUUAAAAAUAAAGUAUACAUUGCACAUGUGCAAUAA